CUACAACCCAACAACAGACGUUCCAAAACAUUGAGAUGUCUUUUCAAACUCUUUCAGAGCGUCUCACAGCUCUGCAAGAGUCAAAUGCCCAAUUAAAAGAACUCAUCGGACGACUCGCAACCAUCAAGUUCCAACCCGGAUCCAUCCCUUUGUACAAUGAAGAGGGAAAUGUUAUCACCGAGCUCACCUCGGAAAUACAGCAGACACUAAAAGACCAGGAUGAAGAUCUUGAAUUAUUGCAGGAGGAUGUUUGCGAUUUGGAUUCUGGGAGGCAUGGAAGUGAGCUUGAGCAGCAAAAGGAUAGACUUGACCAAGCUGUCAAAAGAGCUGUCAAAGAGCUUAAAGGAUGCCAAACCGCAUUCCGCAGAGCUCAGUUGACUGCCAGGCGCAACCUACAAAUUGCCCAGCGAGCCGAGAGAGAACUCCUCCUACAAUCCUACCUAGAGCCACGAUCCUCUACAGCAUUGCCCAUGGCAGGGCAACAACGGCGAAGGAAGGAGCAAAAUAAGGAGCUCUCAAAGGAGGAGAAAGAGGUCAACGCUAGUACUGAUGUUACUUUGGCUCUGAGAAGGACACACGAUAUGAUGACGGCCGAGCUUUCACGAUCACAAUUCGCACACGACACCUUAAAAGAAUCAACCGCAGCUUUAGCCCAGCUUUCGGAGACUUACUCUGCACUGGAUACAAUGUUAUCGAGGUCGAGGAAUCUGCUGGGUACUCUAUUAACAAGUCAAAAGAGCGAUACGUGGUAUCUUGAGACGGCAUUUUAUAUCCUCCUGGCAACAAUUGCGUGGCUAGUCUGGAGAAGGCUUUUGUAUGGGCCGACUUGGUGGAUAUUAUGGUUUCUACCGAGGACGUUUUUCAGAGGGUGCUUUGGAAUUCUUACCUUUAUGGGUGUGAUCGGUGGUCGGAAAACAGAUGUUGGAGUGAGCUCGGUGGCGGGAGGGGAGACUGUCGUGCAUAUUAGUGGCACUAGGGGGCCGAAGGUGGCCAUGGCAGGACAAAAAGCCCCUAGUAUUCAAGUUGGGGGUGGUGGGAAAGGAGGGCCCGCGAAGGCGACUGGGACACUGCAAGGAAGGCCCCAUGAAGCGGCAGGAGAUAGCGUGUCUGAAAAAGUUGGCAAAAUCAUUGACGAGAGUGGCGACGCUCCGAUUGAAGACGAAGGAGCGGGCAGUGAAAAAGGAACUAGCGACGAGGAAGCCAAAGGAGAAGAGGUCGAGAGUCAACCGAAUCCCAAGAAGAGAAUGUGGGAGGAAGAGAAAGAGUCGGCAACGGAGGCCAAGAGAAAGAAUGAUGAAUUAUAAUGUAUUGAACAACCGAUUCCUCAAGCCUGAAUUCGUUGCCUCCUGAUCCUUCCUUCUCUUCCUCCUCCCAAUUUAUUGUAAGCCAGGAAUUCAUUAAGUAUGCCAAUCUAGAGCACAAG